GUCGAAGUCGGCAAAGCAACAGAAAUGGCAUCAAACAAAGCAUCUGACAUUUGGAAGAAAAAAAUGAAAACAUUCCAUACUGUCUGUGAUAGAGAUAACGACGGUUUCCUAACACGAAAGGACUACGAAGACAUCGUCGUCAGGAUGACUGCGUAUAUGAAGGAAAGAAAAAUUGAGCCAUCACAAUCGAUGUUAGAAGCUAUCCGAAGAAAUUACGUCGACGAAAUGUGGUGUGAGUUUGUUGCGCUUGGACCGAAUAAAGGUGACACGCGCAAAGUGAGCGUUGAAGAAUUUACUAUCAACGUUUUUCGAUCACUUGCAAUUGGUCUACCGGAAUCAGAUAAAGAAAAAGUUGCAGCAAUAUCGCUCUGUAGUAGCACCGCUGCAUUCUAUUUUGACGUCAUCGACUUUGAUGAGAAUGGCACUAUCUCCUACGAUGGAUAUGAAGGUUUUCUUAACCUGAUUGGUGCUGAUCCACGACAAGCAAAAACCGCUUUCAAAUCAAUCGACACCGAUGGCAAUGGCACCAUCAGCCGUGAAGAAUUCGCCAGUGCGUUCCUUGACUUCUGGCUAAAUCCAAGCAAAGAGGGUGUGGGGGAGUUGCUGUUCGGGAAACUGGUCGACUAGGUGCAAACAAACGAUUAAUUGGUGUACGUGACUUCUGAACCCCUCUACGCGAUCAUGUCAUGAUUCGUUCGGACGAUUUACUUUGGCAACAAUAUAUUCGACUUCGAUACUUGGACAAAAUAUAAAUCAAUUUCACUUUGGAAGUAGUUAAAUAUGGCCUUUGUAUAUAAUUAGGGGGAGUGAGAGGGACCUAACAAAAUCGAACAUAGAUAUUGACAUUUAAUUUUACAUAUGCACUGGCUUAAAAAUGGGACACCUACAUAUACUCUUAAAAUAUUGAAUGAGAACCGAGUGCAAUGAAAAUCGAUCAGCAUGUAGUUACAUUUGUG